GAAUACAAUAUUCUUGCCAGUUUAGCACACUGGAUAUUGCUUACGGGAUAUCUGGUUAUUCCCGGAACAUUUAUAUUAUUGCAGAAGUCAGAUACACUGAAACAAGGGCUGUUAAAAGAUAAAACUGGGGAGGCUAUUCUGAACACUAUACAGAAUCCACCGCUACUAGCCACAGCUAGUCUAUAUUGGCGAUUCCAACAAAACUACAUUUGGCUUGUAAAUAGUCCAACUCUCCCCAAUACCCUAGCGGGGCUUCUAAUAACUAUCGUCAAUAUAUACACAGCAAAAGACGGCGAUUGGUCAAUUAUAGCGCUUUUGACUUUCGUAGCUUCAAGUCUGUCUGUGGCCUCCUCUGCUUUUCUUAUAUAUAUAUAUAAGUUUAGAAAGCUUAAGAUGGUUAUAGAAGAACAUCAUCGUGAGAUUGAAGCUCAGAUUAACAGGGUUAAUACAAUAGGGUAG